UGACAUUGGCCGGGCGCUCUGGCUUCCAGCCACCUCCGACGUUGCACACAGGCAGUAGAUCUGAUCCAUUCCGGAAUAUUGGAAAUCAUAUCAGCAUGAGUUGUGCAAACUUGGCGUGGAAGCAAUCGUCUACUGGAUGAUCGUCUCAACCCACGAUAUAUCCUGCACCAUAUAAAGUGGUGUUCCGCUCAUGGUUGAGUUGUAAACGCCAUGUAGUACUAGACUUAUCGCGCUCACGAUUCGAUCUCGGCUGGCCAGUAUGCUUUAGACAGUCGAUAAUGUGGCAAGGAGUCUGCCACCGGGCUUCAUCGACACAAGUGAUGGUGGUUUGGCUCGCCAUUGCUGGCAGCAGCAGAGCCAUCGGAGGCAGAGUCAGUAGCGAAACCUUGCAAGAGCCUUGCCUGUCUGGCACAGCAGGAGGUAUGCGCCCACAAAAAGAGCCCAGCGCAAUCAGCCUAUAGGUAUUGUAUACCGAUAUUUAUCGCGGAAGGUUUGCAAAGCAAAAGCAGUAUUUCAUCCCACUAUCCAGGAUAGAUAGUUCUUGCAUAGUCAGACGUAUCCAUCGAGUGGUUGCAAAUGCACAUCACCAAGUCGAGCCCCGCACCGAGGUAUGCCACAACUGGCAGUCACGAAGAUCAAAUAACGGAAUGUAAAGGAGGAGUUUAUAGGGAAGUCGGAAUGUGUGGAAAGGGGUGAGGUAUUUGAAAAAGCCAGAUGACGC